AUGCAUUGUCUGUCUCCCAAGAUGGUUUGUGAGACCAAGAUUGUGGCGGAAGAUCAUGAAUCAAUCCCGGGAUCCAAAAAAGACACGAUCAUUGUUUCCUCCUCCCAGAUGUGGCCCUCUUUGGCGGGCUCCCCUCCCUCACCCCCACCUCCCCUCACCCCACCAAAAGAAGACCCCAGGCGCGACAAUGUCUAUAUCCGCGAAUUCCACCCCUCUGAACAGGAGGUGGUGCGCCGCAUCUUUUACGAGGGGAUCAUGGAGCGAAUCCCCAACACGGCGUUCAGGGGGCUGAAGCAGCAGCCCCUCACUCAGCUGCUCUACGGGCUGCUGGCGGUAAUGUGCUUUGUUGUGACCAAGUCCUUCCUGCUGACCUGCUGUUUGCCCAUCUUUCUGAUGGGCAUGAGGUACUACUUCAGUAGAAAAGUUAUCCUGCACUAUCUCGAUUGUGCGCUGCACACGGACAUGUCCGAUAUUGAGCAAUAUUACAUGAAACCGCCAGGCUCCUGCUUCUGGGUGGCCGUCCUGGACGGCAACGUGGUGGGGAUCGUGGCAGCGCGGGGCAAUGAGGAGGACAACACGGUGGAGCUCCGGCGCAUGUCCGUGGAUUCCAACUACCGCGGCAAAGGCAUCGCCAAGGCCCUGGGCCGCAAGGUGCUGGAGUUCGCCAUGCUCAACAACUACUCCUCUGUCGUGCUGGGAACCACGGCCGUGAAGAUGGCAGCCCACAAGCUCUACGAGUCCUUGGGCUUCAAGCACGUGGGUGUCGUUGAACAUUACGCCCUGCCAGGGAUGACGCGCUCCUUACUGGAGAGAAUGUUUUUCCAGGUCCGCUACCACCGCUACCGCCUGCAGCUGCGGGAAGAAUAAAAAAAACCCCCACCAACCAAAACAAAAAAAAAAAAGUAUUUUUUCCCCCCUUUCUCCCCCUUCAAAAAUAAUAAAUUAUCCUUCUAUUUCUCAUCACCAUUGAUUUGCCAAUUUUGGGUUAGAGUUUUUGUACCCUCACAUCACGUUUUGGUUUGCUCCGUUCAGCUCAAUGGGCCAGCUGAGCAGCGCCCCUUCCUCGCAUGCUGUAGGUGGUGGUGCUGGGAGCCCUGCAACCCAGCGGGGCAGAGCGGAGCAGCGGCCUCUCCUUCCCAGGUACCUCUGUAAAGCACAGAAACUUACUGCAAAAUAGUACAACUGCUCUGGUGUACAUAGUCCUCUCCUUUUCCAGGUGUAACAUAACAUAGUGAUGCAUUCAUAAUAGUGCAGAAAUAUUACUUGAAUGCAGUUUUCAGUAUUUCACGCACCAGUAAGUAGAAUAUGCAUUCCUCUUACCGUAACCUACUGGUUAAUAGUUGUCAGAGAAAAGGCGGGGGGUGCACCCUGCCCCUCCGCCCCAACCCGCUUGCUACAAUGCAUGAAGAGGGAAGCGCACGCACUCAAACACAUCGCACUGCCACCACGGCACUGGUGUUGCACUUUUUUUGGAUGUGCCUCAUUCUGCCAAAUGUCUGAGAGACCCCGGGUGCAUCCGGUAACCACGACUCCGCUCCAGCUCCCCCUCCUUCCUAAGCCAGCACAGACUCGGACCGGCUGAACUGAGCCCCAUUGUACCAUAGUGUGAAGUUAAGAUCAAACCUAAGCAUCCCCUGCGCUGUUCCGUAGCCACACGUAACCUGCAGUCCUGGGCCAGACUCCGCAUGUGCGUUGGACUUUCUCUUUGCUGCCUUUUGGGGUUUUUUUUUUGUUUGUUUUCAUCUUAUUUUUAAGGGUUAUUUUUUUGUUGUUGUUAUUUUUAGUUUUGGCUUUUGCUGAAUGGUGUCGUUGAGGUGUAAUGGAGGCUGCAGUUCCUAUGGCAACACAUUUGCACAUUAAUGUGCACGCCAAAUCUCACCACUUCAGAGAAGCAACGUGUGACAGAUAAUAGCAUUUUGGGGAGCACCAGGGUGGGGGGGAGCGUACUUAUUAUCUUAACCAGCUGCUUGUUUGAUAAAUGUAGAUGGCCUCACUGCAGCCUUCCAUCAAAGGUAAUUAACUGCUUUAAUGAUGUCAGAUUUGUGAAUUGUACAAUGCAAAAAGCAAUGCAAAGCAGAUUCGGCAUGUGUCUGUACCCGGUAUGUAUGUACAGUGCCUGCCAACUAAAGAAUAACCAAGACUACAGCUUCUUCUAGCCUGAGAUAUCAACUUUUAUAACUUAUUUAAACAAAUAGCAACUUUGCAUGAAUUACAUCUUGGGGACAAAGAAGACUGAUAGGUUUUAAUUUUUAAAGCGUGGUAUCAGAGGUAUUACAGAAAACCAUUUCUGGCUGCACUUAAUUUUGGGCGGGUAGAGGGGUUUGGCUCUGCUAAUACAUGUAAAGGGAAAACCCCUUUAUUUACUGGGAAAAACAAUUGUAAUUUUAUGAAGUAUUAUGUGUGUGGUGAGGGGGGAACCCCCCCGCCUCACUGCGCUGAAGUUGGUGAAGGGGUAGAGCAUAUGUUAACCACGCUUGCAAAUAGAAUGGAAGAGUCAGCAGGAGAGCUGCAGAAGGAAGGAGCCUUGGGGUGUGGGGAGAGGACAGGAGCCCUGGGGCAGAUGGGGGGACAGACAGCACAGACCUUGGACAUGGGGUGCUGUCUGUCCCACUCCUACCAGGAGCUGCCCUUUUCUCUCCAGCCAGAAGCUUUCCCAGCACUGAGAUGUGGCUGGUGAUGCUGAUAGGGGGCAGGGGGCUCAGCCCAUCCCUGCGAGGGCCAUGGGCCAGGCACUGGUGCUGGGGAUGGAGGAGCUGUUUGGCACAACCCCAGCUGUCCUCUCAUUGCUUGGCUUGGGCUCAGUCCAGCCUGUGAGGAGUCGGAGGGGCAGAGUCCCAGCAUGUUCCAGCAAUAAGGGGGGUAAUGAGGAUGGUGAAGGACACUGUAGCAAGAGACCAUGAGUUUAAUUAACAAAAUUUCUCUAUGGGGCACUAUAUUUUUAAAAGUCUUUCUAUGCUGUACAUUUCUCCUGAAGCUGAAAUAAUGUACUGUUGGUAGGGGUUCUUGUAUAGUGUACAGAAAUCGGCAGAAUAUUUUCUUGCUGCAUUCAGUGAUUUAUUAAGCAAAGUAAAACAGACAAAUAUGAAGUGUUAGCAAAAGUUGAAAGAAAAAACACAAAAGUUUGUGCCUUUUUUAGUUUAUUUUUCUGUUGCUAUAUAAUCACUGCACUAAAACCUUUCCAGAGGGGUAAAAAAAAACAAAAAGCAAAAACUAGUCUCUUAAUAAGGGAGGAAUAUGUAAAGUCUAAAUUGAACAUUAACUUUUUUUAUUAGGCUAUUUAAUUAAACUAAUGUUGCUGGUUUUAUUUGAUACCUGUGCCUUUGAAAUAAAACUCCACAUCCUGUCAGAAAAUCCAAACCUGGAAUAAAUCCCACCAGAUUCCACAGACACAGAAGUACCAUCAGGUUUACCAGUAUUUUCUUCUAAAAUGUGUAAACUUUACCUGAUGAUAUUACAGUAUCUGAUUGUAAUACCUGUUGAGUUUCCUGGGGAAGAGGUGCUUUGGGAAGGUGUGGCUUUGGGGGUGCUGUCUGCAUUCCUCCCCAGCACAUGGAAAUGCACUGAUAAGGAUUGAGUUGUUGCCACUUGGCCGGUAGCUGCCAAGAAAAUUUAUUCCCUUAAUGCUUCUGCCAGUUGCUUUGUGACCAGGCUUUUUGGAAGAAAUCCAGCUGGUUGCUCCCAGCUCUCCAGCCAGGACAGCUUGUCUCUGAAGGAAAGGGCUGGCUGCCAAAUAGGCUGGGAUUUGCUCUCCUUGGAAGAUGGUGCAGGCUGCCAGAGCUGCAUCCCUGGUGGAAGCAGUGGGACAGGGGUGCUGCCGAGGUUGGGCUUAAAAGCACCACAUGAUACUGUUGUUCUGUCUGCAUUCAUGGGAAGUUUCCCUAAAUGCCAUAGCUCAGGCACAGCUCUGGGGUCGGGGGUGCUGGCUUCUGCCCAUGCCAGGCUCACCUGCUGCCAGGGAAGUGUGUGGGCAGACCACAGUGCUGCUCACAGGGUGACACGGUGAGGUUGAGCUGCCUUUGGCAGAUCUAUCCCUCUGCUCUGCACCUUUCAGGGUGCACUGGUUUAAACAAAGUGCUUGGAAAAGAUCAGCACAGCCCUUUCUCUGGCCCUGAGCAUCAUCUCCUGACUCUCCCCAUCCCAGCUCAGGGCUGGGUGGGUGAGGAGCAGCACAAGGUGGUUGUGGGAUUGGUCCCAAGCAGAUGAGGUGCUGAUCUGGAACUGCUGCCAGUCCUUGACUCUUGAUUCCAACAGAGACCCACAUCAGUGUGAGAUGGGAGGGGAUUUUCCUGACUGAGUUUGGGGGUUUCUCGUUCCAAGGACAGCAUUGGCAGGAGACACUGCUCAAGUGUCCUUUGCUUGGAGGGGCUUGGGACAGAGCCCUUGUUCCCUGAGGAAAGCACUAGGUGUCAUGUCCAAAAAUUAAAAAAAAAAAAAAAAAAAAAAAGAAACAGGAAAGAAGGGAAAAUUUGCAUUACUGUGGCUGAGAUCCACAGCCUUGGGGUUGUCCCAGCCCUCCAGCACAGCCUGGGCCAUUCCCUGUGGAGUGAGUGAGAACUCCCUCCACAUCCUGAGCAAACUGGCAUCUCAAGCACAUGUCAGAUUUGGCAAUAAGCUCUCUGGGAAGCUUGGCCCCUAAACAGAUCCAGGCUGAUAAUGCUAAGCAAUCAAACCAACAAAGAAAGUGGUUUCUAAUCUGACUUGAAACCCUUAAAUUUGUAUUUGUUGUAAAUUCUUGCUGUGUUUUCCCUCAGUGAAGCAGACAGCCCCUGCAAGAUGCUUAGGAAUGGCACCUGUGUCUCUGCUGGGAGAUGCAGAAAAGUCCAGGGCAUUGCCAUCAGUGGAAAGCUGUUCUUUCCCCUCCCCUCUGUCCCUAUGUGGGAUGCUAUCUCUGAGAAAGCCUUUACCUUUCUCCAGAAGUGAUCCUGCUUCGUGGUCCUGUGCAGGGUGCAGCCUGCAGAACUCAUUUCAGAAUUGCCUUUCAGCAAAUGCAGGGGGCAAAUGACCCUGGGGACAACCCUGGGGUUGUUCCAGCCUGUGUUCCUCCCCAUGGGAAAUGAGGAUGAUUCUUCAGGUCAUACUGUCAGAAUUUGAGUCCCUGGGGAGGGGAGGCAGGACCAAGGGUCAGCAGAGGCUGUUGGGGCUGGGAUGUGCCUGCUGGGGUCCUGGGGCUGCUCACCUGCAGCAGGAGCAGAAAGGGUUUGGUGCCAGGGCUGUCCUGGGCCCUGUCCUUGCUGUGGCCACCUGGAAGAACAGAAAGUCCCAUGGUCAGAAUUCCCAAGGGAGCUGUGGCUUUGCAGAACCUUGUCCCAGUCCUUGCUGCUGCUGGUGCUCACUGAUCCACGCCCAUAUGUGAUGCAGGUCUGCCGCCUUUUAAUUUGCCAGAUUUGCUGGCAGAGGUGCAAAUGGAUAGAAACUGCAGGGACUUCCAAAUUGCCAAACACACAAAGGCAGGAACCAGCUCUGGUUACCCCUGAAUUAACAAUCAGUGUGCUGGGGCCUGUGUUUCAUUAGUGCUGGUGUGAUGCUCUUGGUAUGCACUCUACUUAAAGCUUAAUAAAGGCAUUUUAAUUGGACACUAACUGGAGCCUUGCAGUGGAAUAUACUGCACCACAUAAUGAAAAUGAAGUUAUGCUAAGUGUUAAGUAAGCUUUAAAAUGCAAAAGGAAAAUUUUCUUUUUUUUCUCCCUCAAAAUAGAUCCACAUAGAAUCUUGAGGAAAAAUUGGUGUGCUCUUGCAUCCCUCAGUCAUAGAGACUAUGCAACAGAGCUUAUCCCACCAAAACCUGCUACCUGAAUGGUGCUUGGGAGUAUCUUUCAUAGAAAAUAAAUUAAGAGAAUAAUUUGGAUUAACCGAGAGUUUAGUCAAAACACAGUAUUGUUUAAAAUAACAAGCUCCAAGUCAGCAUUUGGAGUUUGAUCACAGUUAAAAUCACUGUUCAGUGCUGUCUUUGUAUUGCACAAUGAUCACCUGUGGGAGAGAACAUGCUUUUAACAUCUAAAUAGUAGAAGACAGACCUAGUGAGACCAAGAGCAUAACAAAUACAUAAUGCAACUGUAAAUUUAUUUACAAGUAACACGUUUGAAUGCAGAAGCAGCUACUCCUAUGUAAGUGUAAUGAACUUACAGCUAAUAUUGUUUCCAGUUUCUUUUCCUCCAAAGCUUAAUCCUUUUGCCUUGUAAUAUGUAUAUUUGAUUUUUUUAAAUGUAAUUAGGUUUAACAAAGCAUCAGUUGCUUUGUGAGUUGUACUUAUGAUUGUGCUGGGCAGUUAGCUUUAAGCAGUUUGUGUGCUUGUGUUAUUUUAUUAAAGCAAAAGUCUUCUUGAGACAAAUGCAGUAAAAGAAAAAAUAAUAUUUUUGGUAGUGUUAAGCAGAUGUGUGGUAUGCAUUUGGAAAAUGUCCAAUGUCAAUUUAAAAAAAACAAAACCAACAACAAACAGGCUAAAUUGCUUCCCAGAACUGCUUGUGUUUAAAGCAGUGGCUUACUCACUCAUGUCUAAAUAAGAAACUUGGAUUCCCCCAAACAGCCUCUUACUCUGCAUCUCCUCCCCGUUGUACAAGACCAAUGUGAAAUGAGUCUUGUGUUUUCUAUGUUCAGCAUAGUAUGUACUGUAUCUGUAAUGGGAAGUGGCUACAAGUCCUCAAAGAAAAACGAACAUACUCUAAAACAGCAAUAAUUACCACUGUAAAGCAAAAGAGCACGUGGGGGAGAGCCCAGGGAGAUGGUUCAUGAAGGUGAUGCUGUUAGGAGCACACUGUGUGUGUGUUCCUAAGGGGUGCUGUUGCACCUGGGGAGCAGGAUGAAGUACAGGGGAAGGCCAUCAGUCUCUGGAGCUGGGUGUCACCUUGGCAGAGAACCUGCCCGUGUGGGGUCCCUAGAGGUGGGUCAUUGCCAGCCCUGAUGCACUGCAGGCUUUUCACUGCAGUUAGGGCUGAGUUACUGCAAAUUCCAUUCCUGGUGGGAGAGACAGACGUAAGGAAGAGCUGUCAGAGUCACACAGAGGAAGGUGAACACUUACUGCCACAGUUUUGUACCCCAGCACAUUCUGCUACUGCACUUCUGGGGCUCAGCAAUGGCAGAAAAGAGAAUCAUAUGCUCCCAUUUUCUGUGGAGGGAAGCAGGAGUCAGCUCUGUUGGAAAGCUGUUUGCUUACCAUCAAGGUAGCAAUGCAAACCAUCCCCAGGCGUGGCAGGUGUUAAGAUGGGUACAAGUUAUCCCUUGGUGUGCUUCAGGCUUUUGAGCUGCAGCCUCCCCAGCGUGGCCCACGCAGCCCCGGGAGCCAGGCAGCUCUCCAGGGCCAGCAGGGUGACCUCAGGCAGGGGCAGGCCGGGUGCUCUGCACAAGUGACUUGUAGGUACUUAAGUUCUGUUCCUGAUGGCCGCUGUAACUGUGAAAAUUAACCAGACCUGCUGUGAUAAAUUUGGUUAUAUAAGGUUUAUUUGGUUAAUUUUUUAUAAGUGAAAACUGAAAAGAUGAAAGAGAAUUGUAAUAUGAAAGCAACUGCUGUAAAUAAUGUACAAAUGAAUAAAAUCUAAAACUUAUGUCAGUUUUUUCCUAAA